GGAGUCGGAUCUUUCAACACUCUCCUCUCUCCUCCGGUCCGGUUCGGUUAGUAGGUCAACCUCAGCCCAGCAUUUUUUUUUUUUAUAGUUCUCCUUCAUCACUCCCAAACAUAAACCAUGAGGGAAAUUGUUCACAUUCAGGCUGGCCAGUGCGGGAAUCAGAUUGGUGCAAAGUUCUGGGAGGUGAUCAGUGACGAACACGGCAUCGACCCAACAGGAACCUAUCAUGGCGACAGCGACCUGCAGCUGGACCGGAUCAGCGUUUACUACAACGAAGCAACAGGUGGGAAGUAUGUACCCAGAGCCAUCCUGGUGGACCUGGAACCAGGAACCAUGGACUCGGUCCGAUCAGGACCUUUUGGCCAAAUCUUCAGACCUGACAACUUUGUCUUUGGUCAGAGUGGAGCUGGGAACAACUGGGCCAAAGGUCACUACACAGAGGGCGCGGAGCUGGUGGACUCGGUUCUGGACGUGGUCCGGAAGGAGGCGGAGAGCUGCGAGUGCCUGCAGGGCUUCCAGCUCACACACUCCCUGGGAGGAGGCACCGGCUCUGGCAUGGGGACCCUGCUGAUCAGCAAGAUCAGGGAGGAAUACCCCGACCGCAUCAUGAACACCUUCAGUGUGGUUCCCUCCCCUAAGGUUUCUGACACGGUGGUGGAGCCGUACAACGCCACCCUGUCCGUCCACCAGCUGGUGGAAAACACAGACGAGACGUACUGCAUCGACAACGAAGCUCUGUACGACAUCUGCUUCCGCACGCUGAAGCUGACCACGCCCACCUACGGAGACCUGAACCACCUGGUGUCGGCCACCAUGAGCGGCGUCACCACCUGCCUGCGCUUCCCCGGCCAGCUCAACGCCGACCUCCGGAAGCUGGCCGUCAACAUGGUGCCCUUCCCCCGCCUGCACUUCUUCAUGCCGGGCUUCGCCCCGCUGACGAGCCGCGGCAGCCAGCAGUACCGCGCCCUCACCGUGCCCGAGCUCACCCAGCAGGUGUUUGACGCCAAGAACAUGAUGGCGGCGUGCGACCCGCGCCACGGCCGCUACCUGACGGUGGCCGCCGUCUUCCGCGGCCGCAUGUCCAUGAAGGAGGUGGACGAGCAGAUGCUGAACGUGCAGAACAAGAACAGCAGCUACUUCGUGGAGUGGAUCCCCAACAACGUGAAGACGGCCGUGUGCGACAUCCCGCCGCGCGGCCUCAAGAUGGCCGUCACCUUCAUCGGCAACAGCACGGCCAUCCAGGAGCUGUUCAAGCGCAUCUCGGAGCAGUUCACCGCCAUGUUCCGCCGCAAGGCCUUCCUGCACUGGUACACGGGCGAGGGAAUGGACGAGAUGGAGUUCACCGAGGCCGAGAGCAACAUGAACGACCUGGUGUCCGAGUACCAGCAGUACCAGGACGCCACGGCCGAGGAGGAGGGCGAGUUCGAGGAGGAGGCCGAGGAGGACGCCUGACGGGAAAACACGGGGCGAAGGUGAAAGGAAAGUUUGAUAUGUUUUAAAAAAGGAAAGGUUUUUAGCAGGUCGGAGGAGGUCAGAGGUCAACGGGAGAGGAUUAGGGCCGCUGGGGAAAACAGCAUAAAUUCUGACUUUAAUCUCUUAUGUUUUAUUCUCAGAAAUCAAUCGAUCAAAUUUAUUUGUAUAGAACAUUUCAGCAAAACGACAGUUGAAGAAUCUGACUUUUUUCCACAGAAAUCUUUUUUUUUUCUCAGAAUUUUUUUCUGAGUUUUUUGUUUCUCAGAAUUCCGACUUAAAUUCUUAAGAUAGUAAAUAAAAAUUCUUUUCUCAGAAUUCCGACUUAAAUCUUUUGAGACUAAAAGUCUUUUUUCCAGUGGUCCUGAUCCUCCUCUGUAAAUGAUUCAUUUUUUAAUGGGCCAAAAUUAGGAGAAAUGUGCCAACUCGACCAUUUUCAUAUUUCCAAUCCAGUUUGAUUAAGUCACAAAAACCAAACUGUUAGAAACUAAAACGCACAAAUCUGAAACUCUCCAGUUUCACCAUGCUACAUUUAGGAUGGAGAUAAAAUAAUAUCUGACAAAUUCAGAAAGCCAUCUGAUCUAAUGGAAGAGAAAACAUCUGUCUGCCUGAUUCACCGUUAAUCAUGUUGUUACUUUGUCUAACAAACAGUUUUAUCAUUCAGUCAGUAUUCUGAAAGUUUGAAGGAUUUUCUCCACUUCUAAAAUCCUGAACGUUGUGAAUUUUUCCCCUGAAGUUAACUGAAUCCCUGCAGGAGAAACGUUUCUCUUUCAGGAUUCAUUGACUUCAGAGUGAAACCAUAAAGGCCUGAUAAACUUAAAGGAUCUCCGUUAGACGUCCUUAUCUGCGGUUCUGAUCGUAUCGGGUCAAAAAGGUCUUCAGCCUUAAAAUGAGCCUCAGAGAUAAGAAGCGAAGCUCUUAUCUCUGUUCUGACAUUUUUAUCACGUUCGGCGCGUUUGGGUUUAGAAGUUCAACAUGAUCAGAAUUCAAAGAGGAAGUCGUUCUUUUUAUUGAUCAGAUUGUCAGAGUUGGUUCUGGUUUUGUGAAAGAUAAAGAGUUCUGUUAACAUCUCUGAACAUCAGAUAUUGUUUUUAUCUUUUUUGUUACAGUUUACUCUGAGCCA